AUAAAUUAUAAUGAAUGCUUUUUGAAAAUAAUGAAGAGCCAUUGCUAAGUGUAGGUCUUACUUCCAACAUCAAAAGGGCUGAAAUGUUGUUCAUGACAUGUAAUAGAAAAGCCAUGAAAGGCCAUGAUGCAAACAAAUAACAUGUCAAGUUAGAAAUACAAUGUACUGUAUAUACCCAGCGGCUGAGGUGUUAAGAAGACAUAUUUGUUAAUUUUAGCUCACAAGUUGUGAAAGAGCACGAUGUACCUGAAGUCCCACUCUUCCCCUUGGCUUAUAUGUGUAAUUGAAGGUGCUAAAUGAAGUAUAAAGUACACAUGUACUCAGUUAUACUCAUUUUACUCAUAUUUCAUAUUUCAGCAGGGAUGAUCAUACACCAUUUGCCCAUCGAUUAGUUUCAACUGGGUGUGAUCUGAAAUAAAUCAUGCCAACAAAACAUAGUGAAUGAGGAACUGGAUAACUUAUCACUUUCUUCUCAGCCAAUUAGAGUUUCUGUUUCACUUUCAAGAUAUGGAAUAAGCCAGGAGCUCUCAUGAAAUAACGUGCUCACAGCUUCUACCUUCAGGCAAUACUCUUGCGUUCGCUUGACAGCUUUGAGAGUUUUUGAAUGUGUCACCAAGAAAGCUGGCAAAUAAAUACUUAAAAGAAGUUUUGAAAGACAUUGUUGGAUGCCACAACCAAACAAGCUCAGGAAAGCUUUAAUUCCCUUGAUGGGUAUGGUGCUGGACACUUCUAAAACAGAAAUGGAGCAGCAAACCGGGAAGAAGCCUUUGACAAGAUGUCUUCUAUAACUAGGAUACGAUCGGGGCUUUACACAGAAGCUCACGCAGAGAAUCCAAAUCUCCGGCCCUCAGCAGGCUUGACAUGAAGGACUUUUAUUGCUUUUCUCAUUCUAACUUAAAUCCUUGUUUUGUAGGUUUGUGGUGUUCUGAUGUAUUGUCUUCCUUUUGCCUGUAUGUUUUCACUUUGUGAAAACUUUUGAGGAAGGGAAGCAGAGAACUACAAUAUAGACAAAACACACCAUCUCCAAGCCUAAAUAAUACCUUCAAUAGCCGAACAUACAGUUCAGAGUCUGGCACAUACAGUUCAGAGUUCAAUUUCAAAUGAGUUCAAUCAAACUUGUUCAGGCAAAUGUGUGGUUUCAGGGAAAGCCACUUGUCACAGACAUGGAAUGGCACAAAAAGCAUUCCCAGUGAUUUGGGAAAGAUCAGCACAGCUUUUAGUGAGAUAUUUAAGUAUGUUCUGCACCUACUUUGAAGUGCUUAUUACGAGUACUUGCAUAAUGAGGUAAGAUGGUCAGUCAGUUUGAAUGGAUUUGGCAGUAGAACAAGUCCAGUGUGCAUGUAUCAUGGUGUAGGAUAAUGGUCUUAUAAAGUUGUAUAUGGAUUCCUUGGACUUCAUAGGGAUCAUCCUGAGAUAUUCAUUACAAUUGGCAGGGAUUUUUGAGGAUUUUCAGAACUAACUCAAAACAUUUUCCAUGCUCAAAGCCUUCACUUUUUUUUCCUGUCUCAUCUAAUACUCAUCUUUUUCCCCCCAAAGAGCAUAGAACAUACACUUCAAAUCAGAACAAGAAAUUCCAGUCAUGCUGCUGCCAUUGUCUACUUCAUACAAACCAUGAUUCACAAUGAAUAUUUAAUUGGGGGUCUGAUUCCUUCUUUUAUCUGAUCUUUUACAGAAAGCUUUUCUCCCAGCGCCAGGGCUGCUCUAUUUGAGCCGAGGGCCCCACGAUGCAGGAAAAUACAUAUAGCGGAGAAAGCCAGAUGGAAAGUGUGUCGGACUCCUCCUUGUCUCCUGACGGAUGUCCGCUCACCUGCAUGGAGCCAUUCACAGUGCGAAGGCUCUCGUGUCGCAGUGUGCAGCUGCCGCCGCUGGCCUUCCGCCAGGCUGAGCAGUACUACUGUGAGAGAAGGCCAGAGACAGAGACAGCACAGCCGCGACCCACCAGCCUCCCCCUGAGAGCUCCACCACUCAUUGCCAUCACCUCUGCGGAGAACAGCAACCGUUGGAUUCCCAGCUUCCCCAUGUCGUCAUGUCUAUUGAUUCCAUUGUAGUUUCACUGCCCUGCUGAGUUUACCCCAGCCAAGCCCAGCUGAGAGUCUGUCACACUGAUUCCUGAUUGUCUGAGCAGACUACAGAGCAGUCUGAACGGUGUUCUUACAAAAAAUAGAGUGGGAAUACAUAAAGAACUUAUUGGAUGAAAGUGCCAAGCUUUAUUUAAGCACGUUUUCUGAACAGAUCCAUCACGCUGUAUUUGUGUGUUAAUCCUGUCUCGUGUCUUAGUACAGACCAAAAGCCGUUCCUCACCACCUGGAUAGCUGAUAUAGGGAGAGCUUACACAGAUCCUGCUUGUGAUGGGUAGGUAUCAGUCGGUUAGUGCGGUCCAUCACAAGAGUGCAUGGCAAAAAAACAGGAAGCUGUACCACAGCCAGACGUAGCAUGUGCAGAAAUGUAAAAAUGCUUUCAGUAAUGAGUGGCUUCAGCACGUCUCAAUGGGCUUUCCUUUUAUUCCGGUAUUCUGAUGCCAUCUGCUAAGGAUGACUCGCACAAGCCGCUUUUGAUUUCAUCCGCUAACAGAUGUGUUUAAUUUGAGUGGAAGUUAUUAAUUAGACCGGCUGCCCCUGAACAUGUCUUUAUUUUCUAUGCAAGCUGCUGGAAGAAAGCUUAAAGGAUGACUUUAGCUGAGCUUGAAGAAAAUUCUCAUAGGGUCCUGGUUUGAUCCUGAGCUCUGGGAACUGUCUGUUCUCCCCGUGUCAACAUGGGUUUCCCCAGGGUUCUACAGUUUCCUUCUAAAAACCUUCCAGUAGGUGGAUUGGGGAUUGCUACUCUAAAUUGCUUUUAAGUGUGUAUUCCAGCCUCAUGCCCAGUGUUGCUGGGAUUGGCUCUAGAUCCACUGAGACCCUGACCCUGACCAGGAUAAAGUGGUAAUUGAACAUGCAUGAAGGAAUGAAAAACACUUGAAGUGCUUCUCUCAUUCUCGCAAAUGUAAAUAAAAUUUCUGCUCAGAGAACAAACUCCAGACCCAGGUUCAAUGAAUAGGAGAAAAAAAAACCCAGUGUAGACCAUCAACAUCUAACCAAUCAACACAAGAAGGUGCCAAUAAUACUUAACUCUCGGAUCCCCCUUAUGUGACAGACGUUCUCAGGGUUUCCGCGGGUCCUUAAAAAGUCUUAAAUUCCUUAAUGUAAAAAUAAGACCUUAAUUAGCAUUAAAAUGUCUAAAAUUCAUGUUUCAAAGGUCUUAAAAAUGCAACUGAACCGACAUAGUAAAGCUUUAGAUUUUAUUUUGGCUGGUUACUGUUUGAGAUGGUAAAGCCAUGUUACACUCAC